UGGUGACGUGUACCGGAAGCUAACAGACUGACUGUCAACUCGCUACAAAGACAGAUGCUAGCAGUGUGUGGUUAUUUUCUGUCCGUUUAUUUAACCUACGUGUACUGGGGUUGAUAUAUUUGAUUUGGCUUCUGUAAAAUCUUCAAACAAAUGAGAAACAUAAGUGUUGUGUGAAUGUAGCCCAGCGUUAGCCCGGAUCAGCUGUCACACAGGUCAUCCUGCUGCCGAGGAGCACAGGUCUUGCAUGAGGUUGCUGUUUGAUCACUGAAGCAAUGGCCAGUCCUAAUGAUCUGCAAUUCCAAGAGUUUGACGAAGCAGCAGAGCUGUUGUCUGCAAGACCCCGGGGCCUCCACCUCAGUAUGGUUCUGCCUCAAACCACCAGCACUACAGCAGCAGGGAAGGGGGGAGGGAGGAGAAGAGGAGGAGAGGAUGUGAAGUUGUGUUUGUUUAUAGGUCCGUUCUGGAUUUGUGUGACCCUCGUGUUCUCAGUAGCGAUCGGCGGAAACCUGUCCAGCUUCCUCAGUGAGAAGGGGAACCCUUCAUACCACUACAGACCUCAGUUCCACAGAGUGACGAUAGCUGCACUCGUGAUCUUCAUGUAUGCCUGGUUGGUGCCCGUUGGUUUAUGGGGUUUCCUGACCUGGCGGCAAGGGGCUGAGAGGCAGAUCGGAGGCUAUUCAUUCCUGGAGACUGUGUGUGUCUACGGCUACUCCCUCUUCAUUUACAUCCCAACCUCGGUUCUGUGGAUCAUUCCCUUUGAAUGGUUGCGCUGGACACUGAUCCUGGUUGCCAUGGUGAUCUCUGGCUCAGUUCUGGUCCUCACUUUCUGGCCGGUUGUGCGCGAGGACACCAAGGUGAUGGCAGUGGCUACAGUGGUGACCAUAGUGGUUUUGCAUACGCUGCUGGCUGUCGGCUGUAAGAUGUACUUCUUUCAGACAGAAGUCCAUGUUACAUCAGCGGCGCCUAUUACCCCCACGAUUAACAUGACAAUUGCCACGAAAGCCCACUGACCAAAAGGGUGCUGGCAGCGAGGAAAUGAAGGAAGUGUCUGUUGUUUGGAACCACAUGCAGCUAUAAAAUAUGUAGAAGCCGGGGGGUUAUGUGAUAUGUUCUAUAGUAGCGUGAUGAAGCGCUGGGACAGGAGUGUGGUUGUUUGUCUCAUUUAUCCUGAGUUGGGUCUACUGGGACACUGUAAUAUUUCUACAUUUUUACUGUGAUGUUUCAGGAUGUGGUGCAACGUAUUAGUCCACAUAACACUGUGAUUUCCCCGAAGAUUCACACAAAGCUAUUAUUUAGAAGAAUUAGUUAGAAUUACUCAUCAGCAGAAGGGAAAAAUAUCCAAACCAGUUACAAUCAGAAAACCAUGCAGCCAGCAAUCAUUACUUCUUACGAGUUAUCAAAGAGACAACAAGGUAUCCAUCAGUACGUGUUAAUAUUAUUAUUGUUGGCAACAAUAGGAUCUCGUAAAAAAAAGCUAUGAUAAAGAACCCAGUUUUACAAAAUAAUUCACCAAAGCUGUUGAAACUAACAUUGGUGAGGACAGGGAACUGCCACCAUGAUUAUUUGAUCAUUUCAUGAAGCAGGGGAUUACACAUUUAUUUUUGUAGUUGUUUAGUUUACAAAGGAUUACAAAUAAUUUGAGAAAAUGCUCGUUCAACAUUUUCCAAGUCCAAAAUUACGAUUUUGUAGUAGGAGGUCUGAAAUAUUAUUUGCUGGAUAAAUCCCAGAAUAUUGUGUAAACAAUACUGGGGGUUAUUAUCAUACUAGGAAAUACACAGGUUUUUCUGAUAACAUUAAUGAUAGCUUUGUUCUUUUGAUCCAGAAGCCUAAAGCUAAAGUAAAUAAAUGGAAUUCAGCUAUCAUUAAUUUCCCUAUUGAAACUUAUAAACAUAUCAUUCAAACUGUAACUACAGGCUACCAAGUAAUUUUGAGUUUUAGAUACCAGGAGUUUCUGACAUUAUUGCCACCUCCCUCGUGUAUUAAAAAAAAGUGGCUGCAAGACAACCAACAAUGGCAUUUACAUCCAAUCAAUUCGACACAUUUUAACUGAGCAAAUUAGAUAAUCCGCCAAUCCGGGCUAGUUAAAUGAUGAGACUGCAAGGCUAGAAGCUAUGCCUGAAUGCUACGUUUUUUUGCGCUGCUGUGACAUGUUAAAGAGUAUAAAUACUUGGGUAAACCCAUGAACUCCAGCCAAAAGCAGUUAUUUAAGAUAAUGUCUUUUUCUGACCAAUUACCUUUAAAACUACUUAGUGCAUUAGCUUCAGCUGUAUUUUGUGUUAAUUGCUAAUUAGCCAAUGUUAGCAUGCUAAUUAAGAUGAACAUAGCAACAUAGUAAGUUAGCAUUUUUCAUUUAUGGUAAGCUGCUGCUAACAUUAUUUGAGCUAACUCAGUUAGCCACAGAGCUUCUAGCAUGGCUGCUGACUUUGACAUGAGCUCAGUUAGCCACAAACCUGCUAACAGGGCUGAAAACUAUUCUCUGUUAGUGAAUAAAUGACAUGUCCUUAAUAGUUUCUAUCUAAUAAAUAAUCAGAUGGUGCGAGUUAAGAAAGUUUCAAUGAACUAAGAGUGAUGCACCACCUCUCCAACCUGUAAGGAACCUUCACUUACAAAAUGAGUUUUUGUGAUGAUAUUGCAGUUAGGAUUCAUUGUAAAUUGAAAAAUGUGUUUAUGUUUGCAGAACUAUUUAUUCCCUACUGUGAUGCUGUUUAGGGAUUUUUGUUGUUAUUAAACGUUGUGCUUCAUCCGG